UAGAGAGGCUCGAGGAGACGGACUAGGACCGGGGCUCUAUCGCCUACGUUAUGGACAAAAAUGGUGAAAAUCGGGCACGAAAUUGUCGGGCACCUCCAAAUAUAGGUCCAUCAAUAACAUCCACAGAUCUAGGACUAAAGAUUGAGACCCAAAGAAAGACAAAUUAGGUGCAGCGGUAGGAGACCUAAUGGUAGUCAAGACAUUGUAGAAGAACUCAGUAACCUAAAGGAGAAUGUGUGACGAUCCCCCAUUCCUUCUUCAGCCCUUCACAAACCCAAUGCUUUUGAGAUGAGUGGUCCUCCGUUGUCCCUGGCCACUGUACCUGCCUGCUCUUGGCAGUGCUUGGUGGCGUGAGCAGAUUGCUCCACCCUGGCAGCCACGGGAGCGUGGAAUGGCCUCUUUGGACCUGCCGUACCGUUGUCCUCGCUGUGGGGAACACAAGCGCUUUCGAAGUCUGUCCUCCUUGCGCGCCCAUCUGGAGUACAACCACACCUACGAGACCCUGUAUGUGCUGUCCAAGUCCAACAGCGUGUGCGAUGCCGCUGCGCUGCUGCCCCUAGUGGCCGACGGAGCCCUCACUGCUGAAUCUCGUUUUCCGUACCGUGAGCUGCCUUGCUCUGGCGAAGAGCUUGGUCUUCCUUCCUCUACCGCUUGCUACCUUCCCAAUGUUGAGUUUCCUCUGGGUGAGAUUCUGGUGAAGACAGCCAUGAGCUCAGGCGAUGCCUUGACAUCCACUGGGAACAAUGCAGUCGCAGUGGCCGCUAACGUGGCCGCAAGCGCUGUGGAGGCAGCUUACGAGGAGGGCCUGGCUCGGUUGAAAGCCCGGGCGUUUGAGAGGCUCGAGUUGGAUGAGAGGUUGGAGAAGCUGUCGGAGGAGGUGGAACAGAAGAUCGCGGCACGCGUCGGUCGCCUGCAGGCGGAGCUGGAGAGGAAAAGCUCGGAGCUGGAAAAAGCCAAACUUGAGAGUGAGAAGCUCGGUCAGGAAAAACAAGACCUGGAAACCAAGGCUACUGAGCUUUCAAGGCAGGUGGACGUGUCUGUGGAGAUGCUAGCCAGUCUUAAGCAGGACCUGGUUAACAAGGAGCAGGAGCUGACACACAAACAACAAGAGGUGGCCCAGAUCGAUCAGUUCCUGCAGGAAACAGCUGCACGUGAAGCCAACGCCAAAGUGCGUCUUCAGCAGUUCAUUGAAGAGCUGUUGGACCGGGCUGACCGCGCUGAGAAACAGCUCCAAAUUAUCAGCAGCUGUGCCACAACUCCCAACGGCAGCCUGGGACACUGCAGCCUGCAGGGAUCCAAACCUAAUGGACGGCAGAGAAAUUCCAGCAUCUCCGGAGCAUCCAGGGGAAUGUACCAAGUGUCCGAUCGCCGUUCCUCCCCUAGCACUGCAGCAUCGGGACGAGGAAAGUCAGUGUCUCAAGGUUCAGGAGGUUAUGACAGUGACAGCGUGGACCUCCAUGCUCUGGAGGACUGCCCUGAUGCUCAGUACUAUCACGUCCAGUGCCGGCUUGGGGAGGGAGGCGGAGGAGGCUACGAAAGAGCAGGCGCUUCUCGGAGUUGGGGUCUCCGCAAGCAGGCCAUCCAGAACUGGCAGCGCCGGCCAUACCGGAACAGCACAGAGGGAGAAGAGGGCGACGUGUCAGAUGUGGGCUCCCGCACCACCGAGUCCGAAGCAGAGCUGUGGGAGCAGGACAGGAGAGCGGAGUGUCAGCAGCACGCGGCGAGCCGUGGGGGAUACAGACUGGCUUCAGGAGGAUAUAAGCAUUGCCGACACGACAAAAGUCCCUCUAAAAUCAGUGAGGUGAUCAGUCCUGAGGUGCUGAAGAUGCGUGCCGCUCUCUUCUGCAUCUUCACCUAUCUAGACACUAAAACGCUCAUGCGGGCCGCCGAGGUGUGCCGGGAUUGGAGGUUUGUGGCUCGCCAUCCAGCAGUCUGGACCAGAGUGCUGCUGGAGAACGCUCGCAUCUCUUCAAAGUUUUUGUGCACGUUGUCGCAGUGGUGCACACAGACCCAUUCCCUGAUCCUCCAGAAUCUCAAACCCAGACAGAGGGGCAAGAAGGAAACAAAGGAGGAAUAUCUGAAGAGCACACGUGGCUGUCUUGAGGAGGGUCUGGAGGCCUUGCUGAAAGCUACUGGCAGUAAUCUACUCAUCCUGAAGGUGUCUCAUUGUCCAAAUCUAUUGACUGAUCGCUCGCUGUGGUUGGCUAGCUGUUAUUGUCGAGCGCUACAGGCUGUCACAUACAGGAGCGCCACAGACCCCGUUGGACAGGAGGUUAUCUGGGCAUUGGGAGCUGGUUGCCGAGACAUCAUUUCACUACAAGUGGCACCAUUACAUCCAUGUCAGCAGCCAGCACGCUUCAGUAACAGGUGCCUGCAGACGAUUGGCAGAUGCUGGCCACACCUACGAGCUCUGGGUGUGGGCGGGGCAGGCUGUGGCAUACAGGGACUGGCUUCUUUGGCGAGGAACUGCAUGAGACUGCAGGUGUUAGAGUUGGACCACGUCAGUGAGAUAAACCAGGAAGUGGCUGCUGAGAUGUGUCGUGAGGGACUGAAAGGUCUGGAGAUGCUGGUGCUCACAUCCACUCCUGUUACUCCUAAAGCCCUGCUGCACUUUAACAGUGUGUGUCGUAACCUAAAGUCCAUUGUAGUGCAGAUUGGUAUAGAAGACUACUUUGAAGACCCCAACAGUCCUGAGGCCAGAAAACUGUUUGAUGAAAUGGUGAAUAAGCUCCAGGCGCUGAAGAAGAGGCCUGGUUUCUCCAAAAUCCUUCAUGUGAAGGCUGAUGGCUUGUGCUAACUCUGCUGGGUCGAGGUCAGAGCCAUCUGAAGGUUCACUGUUUAUUUCGAACCGAUCGAGUCAUCGUGUCCUCCUUGAAACGAGGAAGAAAUCAACACGUCCUCUUCAGUUUGAACACCAACCACCAGUCAAUCAUAUCGCGACGGAGGCAAACAUCUGUUUGAUUGGAUGUGAGGCAACCAAAUACAGGAGUGUGUAGACUGUACCUAACCAAACUUUGAGAAAAGCAGUCAGACACAUUUAAAAAAUAUCACAGACUAAGGAGUGUUCUCCUUCUUGCCAAACAAACUAAACUUUAAGAAGAUCUCUGACUAUGUCUUCUCUCCCUUCAGAGCACAGGGCUGCAGGUGGGAGAUGCCUUGUUUUGCAACCUGCAACGUAAAAUCAACGUUAAAUCCAAACAGCACAAAUUUAAAAUGCACAUUUAUGUUAGGGUAAGUUAUACAGCUGUGUGUUUGUAAAUGUGGGAGUGGUUUUUGUGAUAAACGCGAUUGCUUCCCCAAUAUUCAGCAAGACCUACAAGGAGACAGAUUAAGUUAUUAGUGUUCACCUAAGAGAGCAUUACUCUUUGAACUGAACGCAUCGGUCAACCAUAUUACCAGGACAAUUUCAACAUAAUCACCAGCUUCGGACAUGGCUUACCGAUAUCCUUAUUUAGGGAUGCCUUGUCUCCAUAGAAACUACUGUUACAUACAGCAAUUGUGUGUCCAUAGCAGGAGUACAAAUAUGAAUGAAGAAGCCAGUAACCAUGAAAACUUCGUCCACCUGCAAGAUGUUCAUUCAUCAGCUCAUCUUCACCUUGUGUGUCACCAUUCAGUCCUAUUGCCAAGACAAGAGUAUCUCAAAGGGUUUUUGCUUUCAUUUUUUUGAUCUGUUGUUUCAGCAGGAUCAUAGAAAGCCCUUAUGUGCCAUCUAUAGGUGUAGUGUGUUCUUGCUUUAUUUUAAAGUUGAUAAUUUUGUUUAAACCCAAUGUGCCAUUAGUGAACUUUGUCAUUGGAACCUAAAGUUUUUUAGGUCAUACCAUGCCAGGUGUGCGCUUAUCUAAAGGGAUAUAAGGGCAAAUUCAUGUAGUGAGGUGCCAUGGUGCUGUUUCAUGUUUGUCUCCAUUCAUCAACAUUCUUUGUAACUCAGGCAGGUGCUCCUGAACACCCAUGAUGUGCCCGAUUUAUUUCAGAGGGUGCCAUUUAACUGCUGUAAACGUGGACGACACUGAUUAGGAUCAUGAAUUAUGAAUGUAAAACAUUGCACAACCGAAUAAUGGAGUUCUUACACAAUUGGGUUUUUGGUUCGGCAAGCGGUUGGGCAUGAGAGUUUAAUUUGAUCGGUUGGCGUAAAAGCAAGUGAGACACGCUUUGAGUCCGCUUGAACAGGUGGUCUAUGGUGAUGUUAGUGUGAACGGCAUAUUGUAUGGAAUUAGUAUGACAUCUUUACGUCUUAAAUUGUGAAGGUGAAUUCCUACUGAGGUACAACCUUUGCAUGCUCCUGGUCACAUUAGUGCAAAAAAAGAGAUUAAUUUCCCUAAUUUCUCAUAGCAUGUGUCAGAAUAUUUGCCAUUGGAAAGCAUUCUUCGCAUCUCUUCUGCAGCAGACAACAUAGUGUGCAUACCCAUUUUGGUGACAAAUCAAAAGGGAACAAGCAUCCUUUCCUUAUAAGUGGUUUCUUGGAUAUGGGGGUAAACAGCUAAAGCUGGUACUUAUGAUGCAAAUAGACACGAAAAAUGGGGAUAGGGGAAUAUUCAAACUCUGGUAUGGACCAUGCAUGUAUGACAAAGACAUGUACAACUAGACAGGACAAAAAAAAUCAUAUUUAAGACUCUGAAAUGAUUUCACUACUGAUAUUUAUGUGUAAAGGCUCUGGCUUCAGGGUACACUGUAAAAAAUACUUUGCUGCCUUAAAAUUUUAUGUUAAAUCAACUCAGAAUACAAGUCAUGUCAACAGAGAUGAGUUGUCACAACUUAUAAAAUAUAGCUGAGAAAAGUCAACUUAAUUUUAUAAGUUAUAACAACUCACCUGUAGUUAUAACAACUCAUCUCUAGUCAAGAUAAAUAA